UAUAAAGGAGAAAAGUUCACACUCCAGACAGACAGUGGACAGAAGACCAGAGAGAUCAGAAAUAAUCACCAUUGAUAAGUCAUGUCAGUCAACUCCUCUAAUUCCUCUCAUCCUCCUCAUCUGCGUCCUUCAUCCCUCAGCAUCUAUAAUCUCCUGUCGAUGGAGGGAACAGCGCUCCGGCACAGCGAUUAGCCACUCAGACCUCUUCACCUACCACAUGGUCAUCAACGAGCUGAUGAAUAUUUUAGGGUCCACCCUGACCUGUUGUGCUGUCUUCACUGAUCUACCAGAAAUGAUGAUGCCAGGUCUCUACCUUUCUACUAUCAACAUAUCUGGACACAUAUUCUUUCACAUCCUGACCUGUGUGGAGCGUUACCUGGCUGUUGUUCACCCCGUCACCUACCUGGGCCUGAGGAAGGCACGUGGGAUCAGAAUCAGAAAUAUCACCAUUGGCUGUGUUUGGCUGCUGUGCUUUGUAGCAACAGGUUUCAUGUUCAUAGAAGACAGCGUGUCCAUCGGCAUCCUCUUUUUUUGUAUCACAGUCUUUGCUUUAAUUAUCAUCUGUUUUUGCAGCUUUUCAGUUCUCUGCAUUCUGAUUCGUCCAGGGCCAGGGGAAGGGGGUGGGUCCAGACAGCAGGUUCACCAGUCAAAGCUAAGGGCUUUCUAUACCAUCAUGGCCAUACUGGGAGUGCUGUUGUUGAGGUUUGGGCAGAAUACACUCAGCACUGCACUGUAUGCCUCACCACAAGUGGGGGAGACUGGGAGGUGUGCUCUAUGGUUGUCUACAUUCUGGUUCUCUCUGCCCAGCAGUCUGGUGUUACCUCUGCUGUUUCUACACAGAGCAGGAAAACUACUGUGUUGUAAGAACAACACUGAACCAGGACAAGGAUCACAAUAGAUUAAAUAUCUAAAAGAUCAGAGAACAGUUACUGACUAAAAUUACUGAGUAAAACCCCUCACCCAUUAAAGUUGUUUUUUGUGACAUUGAAAGUUCAGCUAGUAUCAAGUGAAAGAAAAGUGAGCUAUUUGUGGAUGCUUUAACCAAAUAAAUGUUCAAAAAUAAUGGUUAGAAGUUGUCAGAGCAGGUGGGAAUGCUAGGUCAUGUCAAAAUAGACCAUAUUUGGAAACAGGAAAUUAUCAUAAAAGUGCAAGUUCAAAAAAAAUACACUACAUUGCCCCUGCGUCUGCACUAGCAAUGGCUUUGCUUCAGCAUUUUAAAAGAUGGCCCUGUAAAAAGAUAUUUUUUCCUGGGAUUUUGAAAUAUCAUGUUAGGAAAAGCACAGCUUACAUAAGGAAAUGACCGAUGGCCGAAUUCCAUGUAGCUGCUUCAGUUUCAGGAUCCUGGUUUUGCAACAAAGUCCUCUGGCCGCUGUAGGAGUUAUGAUUAUGACUGACGUCAGUCAGGAGCAAGAAAAUAAGUCAUGUGAUGUUGAUACAGAAUGACAAAGUCCACAGAGUUAGCAGGUCGCAGUAGAUGGUUGAGUCAACAAAACAAGUGACCUUCAUGGUUAAAUAAUAUGCAACCAUGAAGAUGAAGGUCUUCUAACUGUAACAAAGUGGUAAUUUUAACCCAGCUCAUGAUCUUUCCCUGAACCUAACCAGGUAGUUUAGUGGUUAAACUUGACCAAACCUUAA